UUUGUUAAUUUAGCGAAAAUGAAAGCUAGUUGGGUGAUAAGAAACGACGUGAGGGGUACCAACAUGGCUGAUAGGUCCUUAGCCAAUGGGGAGCUGUGUCUGCCGUUGUUAGGGAAACGGUUGCUUGGCAACAGAGUUGUUGAGGCACAGAGGAGCACAGGCUGCUGGAGACAGAUAACAAGGCAGCCAUGCCCAGUACCGCGACUCUUUCCAGGGUGAAGCCUCCCAUUCAUGAGCAGAUCACGGAGCUACAGAAGAAAAUCCAGCUGCUGGAUGGCGACCACAAGGCGUAUCAGGAGAGCGCCAGCGCAGCCGUCCAGAAGAACUGGGAGACCAUUCAGUUCCUGCGGCAGGAGAACAAGAAGCUGCAUAAGAAGUUGGCUGAUGCCCUUGCGGGUGAUGAGAAGGUGAUCAAGGAGGCUUUCCAUAGUCAUGUGGUGGAGAAGGCGGCUAUGAGGAGCAAAAGUGGACAAGCUGCUGUCCAGAUAAUGGACCAGAAACUCUGCGACAAGAUCAAACGUCUCAACGCCUUACACCACCAGACAGAGGUUCGGAGGAAACGCUUGGAGGAACUGCAGACUAUAUACAAGCAGAACGCUGCUGGGGAGCAAGAGAAGCCAGAGAAAGAUGGAGAGCUGGCACAGGAAGAGCGGAAUGAAGUCACUGAACAGGAGGAAACUCCUCAUCAGACUCUGCGCCUAUUGGAAAAUCGACUGGAAAAAGCCCAACUGAAAUUACAGGAAUCAGAACACAUAUACAGCGUGUACCAGAAGCUCAAAGACCAUAUGCAGGAGGAGAGCCUGACCUUUCAAUCACAGCUGGAUCUACUAGAGGCUGAGAUCCUCCGCCAGAGGAAUGAAUUGAAGGACCUUCAGAUGAUGAACAAGGAUGCGGUGAUGUCACGGGAUGCUGCUCGGGCAGAACUUCAGCGCCAGGAGGAGGAGUUUCACCGCGAGCGCAGGGAAAGGGAGCGAAUCCUUCAGGAAUACAAGCGUCAGGCCGAAGAGAGACGCAUGUAUGCUGAGCGAGCAGAAAGAAGGGCUCAGCGUGUGACUUUACCUGGAGAGGACACUACUACUGACAUCCAACUGGUAUCUAAUGUACACGAGGAGGAAAAAGCCAUCCAGUCCUAUCAGGAGGCUUUUCACAGGAUUAAGGAGGCCACAGGGGUGACAGAUACACAGGAAGUGGUGAGACGCUUCAUUGCGCAGGGAGAGACACACAAACACCUGGAGGAACUGAAGAGCGAGAAUGAGAGGACUUUGGUGAGGCUUAAGGAGGAAAAGGAAAGAUUGCAAGAUGCCUUCCAGGAACUAAAGUAUUCAGGGGAAGCCAAGCUAUCCAGCGGUCAACAGGUAUUAGAAGAGCUUCAAGCUCAUCUACAGAAGGAAGAGAAAAGACGGGACAAAUAUAAGGAAGAGAUGGAGAAAAUGACCAAAAUCUUGGUGGCAUCAAAAGCUGGAGUGGAGCACCUCGCUACCAAAGUGCAGCAUAUCAAGGUGCCCAGGAGCCAUUUUCCUGCAAAGGAUCCGUCUUCUCUGACUGAUGAGCAUAUCCUGGAUCUCUUGGACAUCACUGAUCAGAAGUUGCUGAAACUCCUGGAGGAGCUAGAUGAUCAGAACAUUGAAGAGAUCCUACGGCAGAUGGAGGAAGAGGAGUUCCAGGCUUCCAUUGAGGGCAAACUCCCAGCAUUUAACGUCCGCAUCCCGUUGCCGGCACAAGCCAAGCAGGAUACAUUUGAUGAUGACGAUGACAGCGGUGAGGAUGAGGGGGACGUGGUGACCAGAGCCAGUCUAAAGAAACAGUCUCAACAAAUCAUAGAGUCUAAGACCAAGAGAAAGUCCCGUCCUAAAAAGAAAAAGGGGAAGCAAUGAGGCAUAUUGGUGGCCAGCCCUGCCCUAUUAGAGCUGCACCUGAAAUACCUAAAAAAAAGACAUAUUAAAUAAAUUAAACAAUUCUAUCCCACUUUAUAGUUCUAUAUUUGUAUACCUGUCCUAAGUCAUGUAUCAACUCUUAUCUAUCUGGCCUGUCUCAUACUUCUAAGCUCAUCUACCUGUCCUGUUUUAUAGUUCUACGCUCAUCUACCUGUCCUGUUUUAUAGUUCUACGCU